GUGAUACAGCUCAAAAGCUAAUUUUCAAAAACAUGAAGGAAUGUCUUAAUUAGAAUCGGCUGCCGUGCAUCUGUAGAUCUUCACAAAGUUCAAGAGAUUGUUAAAGUAAACGAACUCAGAAGCAUUGAACACAUGUGCCGGAUACAAUGUAUAAAUCUAGGGAAUUGCUUGGAAUUUUAUUUUACUUAACAGUUGUUUGUGACAGUUCAGGUGGCCCAUUUAGAUAUCUGUCUACCCGAGAUAUCGGAGCAGUGGUCAUCAUUGACAAUCAACAUCCGGAUCAAAGAAACGUGAAUCUCACGUGGCAGGAAGUACAUCACAAAGAGUCAUGGAAACCAUUGUUGUAUAUCAUAAAAUGGGAAAACCCCACAGAUUCUGAAACAAUAACAACAGAAACAGAAGUAAACUCAAUACAAGUUCAAGGUCUCACCAAGGACAAAACAUAUAUAUUCUAUGUCAAGGCCAAACAAGGUUGGUUGCUAAGCGAUUGGAGCAGACCUCUUCACGUGACCACAUCUACGCCACCUGUUGUCGAGAAAAGAUAUACUGAUGAUGACGAUUCAAAUUAUCCAAAACCACGAGGUUUAAAAGUGAAAUAUCUCUCACCAACAAGUUUUAAACUAAAAUGGCGGGAACCGAAAGAUGCAUCGAAUCUCAAAGGUUACCGUGUGACCUGGAAGCGGAAAAAAGGUCAAACGAAAAAAUCCGAACUUUUAACAAAACGCUCAUAUUCCAUUAAAGGAUUAAGAGUGGGAUCUACGUAUUUACUAAAAGUACAGGCUGUGUACGAGACAAAAGUUUCCAGAGCUUUAACGCUGUUUUGUAAGACGCAAAAGGAUUUUGACGUCAGUCCGCCGACGAGUGUGAAGGCCAAAGCUGUAGGAACCACGAAAAUACGAGUGAGCUGGACACCUAAAAAGACAGAAGACAGUAAGAUUGAAGGAUAUAAAAUCCAGUACAAAAGACGAGGGGUACGGAGAGGGGAUGUUUGCUCAGCCGUGGCCAGUUCCUGGAAAUCUCAAUACGUCAUAACUGAUUUGAUAAAAGGAGAAUCAUACAAGAUAAGGAUAGCGGCGAGAUCUAGAUAUACAACUGGAGCUUACUCACCAUGGCGACUAGUUAAACUUCCGGGAGAACGAAAUAGGCCUAAUGACGAAUCCAUUAAAACUACUACUACUCUGCCGUCAACACCGAGUCCUGGAGAGCUUUUCAACCUCAGUGUUGUGCAGAUUUCUGGUGGAGUAAACAUUUCGUGGAAUGAUAUUUCUAGUGAAGUUAUUACCUAUAGGGUGGAAAUUACUCAAGAUUCCCAUAAGCUGUAUAUCAGGGAGGUGUACAAAGAAAUUUACCUUGACCCCUACGUCCUUGAGGUGUACAGCCUUGACCCCGGUGAGGAGUUCAAUGUCACAGUACAAGGCGUUAGUUCCAUAGAGAGAAGAAUGUGGAGGGCUUCAGCCUCGUUUUCAACUCCAGUCCCUGUGUCAGUUAUAACGGAAGGACCACACGUGGCUGUGAUUGGUGGAAAUCUGACCAUACGCUGUAUCGUACAAGGAACGCCCCCUCCUCAGUUUGAAUGGGUGAUAGGACAAGGGUUUACUGAUUAUGAAGCCACAAAGUUUGAGGAAGAUACUUUUGACAAAUAUUUGUCCCUACUUGAGCUUUACAAUAUUCCUGAGGACUUCCAGAGCCCCGUAUGUAAAGCACAGAAUGGCCUGGAAUACAUAGAAAAGGAACACAACAUAACCGUUAUUGACCCAAUUCCACCUCCUGUUGUAAAUGUAACGGCAGUAGCACUAACUUCUAGAAAAAUUGAAGUGGAAUGGAAAAGUCUGAUCGAGCACGAUUAUCUAAAUGUGACCUACUUAAUAACGAUAAAAGACACCCUCGGGAAAUACCGAAGUGAAGAAGAAGCAUCGGAAAGACACGUGUUCAGAAAUCUAACAGAAAACACAGAGUACGUCAUUUCCGUUAUUGCAGUAUCCCCUGAAGGAUUACAAUCCAGCGGAAAUGACGUCAUUUUUGUAAGGACAGAAAAAGCAUUGCCAAAACCAACGCUUCACAUUUUAUCAUGGAACGAUACGGCAAUUGUUUUAAACUGGGCCUCAAAUAGCGACACCCCACCAGGAAUGGUGAAGGUUUACUACAAGAGAGAAAACGCCGGAGAAUACCGUGUACGGAAGACCUAUCCUCCAAUAUCAACAAUGGUUUUACAAGAUCUUCGGAAGAAUUCAACCUAUAAAAUAAAAGUUGUCGCCGAUUACGGAACGGAAGAAGUAUCUUCUCAUAUUUUAUCAGUGGACACAAAUACAGCGGCCCUGCUUAAAGAGAACAGGCGGCCCACGCCUCCUGCAGACGCCUUCCUGAUGGUCAAUAAGUCAGCGAUGACCAUUCGGUGGCUCCCGCCCCACCCGGAGUACCGCACCUACGUCAGACAGUACCGACUAGACAUUUACCAGGGGGAUAUCUUACAGCGACACCUACUGGACAACAAGGGACGCAACUUUACACUGACUCAAUUUGAUGACACAAAAGAAGUAGCGGUUUACCUGACUGCUUUAAAUAACGCAGGGGCGAGUGAUCCAAUCCUGAGAAUUUAUAAACCCCUAACAGACGAAGAAAGACCCAUGGGUGCUAUAAGUAAUUUGGAGGGGAAGCCCCUGUCCUCCAGUUCUAUUCUCGUACAAUGGGACCCUCCAACAAAUAAUCGUCUAACUCGCUUCCUCCUUCGAUACCGACCACAAGAGUAUGACGAUUCGAACAUUGUCGACUUAUGGCUGGGGCCCUCUUAUAAUAACUAUGUUUUAACCGAUCUCCGUGGCGCGGAGUCCUAUUCUAUUUCCGUGAUUCCCUAUUUUAAUGAGGAGGUCGGAAAUGAUUCGUCUAUUGUUGUCAACACGUUUACAGGGGCACCCUCCGCUCCCCCGCAGAAUCUUACCGUGACCAAUGUAAAUUACACGGAAAUAGCUUUAAAAUGGAACCCUCCACCUGAAAGAGAGAGGAAUGGGGAGAUAACUCAGUAUGUUGUUGGGUUCCGAUCAGGUGACAAAACUAGGGACUCGAUUCAGUAUAGCAACAAUACUGAAGUGGUCAUUAGAGAUCUAUUACCUGGUACGAGUUAUUAUAUGAGGGUGGCUGCCUCGACCAGUAACGGAACUGGACCUUUUACAACAUGGCUAACUCGUAAAACUAUGGCACUUCCGGUAAUCAGAGAAGCUCCAAAGAGGCCAGAAAAUUUUACGACAAAACAAGUGCGUUAUGGGAUUACGUUAGAUUGGAAAAGACCGAAGAAUCCCGAUGUUCCUGUUAAUGGUUAUAUCAUAGGAUAUGGAAGGUUCAUUCCCGAGGUGUACCGAGAAAUCCUUGAUUCAAGCAAAACCCAGUACACUAUUCACAAACUCCGUCAAAACCACGACUAUAUUGUCAGUGUUCGAGCCUUCAACAGUUUCGGUGAAAGUGACCCCGUGAUUGCUGUUGCAACGGCAGGUGACGGAAAGAUGACCAUCGUGUCCUCGGGAGACAUUGAUGAUGAUGGAAAUGAGGACAUAUUUGACGAUGCUCCAAGGAAUGUGAGUCUGGAACUGAAUUAUGGGGAUAUUCCAACUAUUAACGUCAGAUGGACUCCCCCACCCCAAACACAGGGACCAGCAUUGGGAUACAACGUAUUUUAUAAGAAAAAACAAGACAAGAAAUGGCGGUUGAAAUUUGUGGACAGAGCCGCUUUUCUAAUUUUGAAGAACCUCUCCUUUGAUACGACGUAUUACGUCAAAGUCAAUGUGCGAUACGAGAAUGACAUCAGAAGCAAAUUUUCACACACAGUGGAGAUCAAAACAUUUUCAUUAGAAGACACGGCCCAUGCGUUACCUACACCUAGUAUUACAUCUGUAUUCUCAGGAAAGAAUUAUCUGGAUGUUAACUGGAAACCACCCCUUAAAGACUACCUUCACGUGAUUGUGGGAUUUAUCCUAGGAUUUGGGAUUAAAGAAUCAAAUGAAAACCAAGAAUUCAUUCCUGCGAGUCAGAGGACUUUUAGAAUAAAAAAUCUAGAACCAGGAACUCGAUACAACAUCUCCCUUGCAAUGUUUAAUGAGCACGGAAAAAGCGCCAAGUCCAUUGUCUAUGCUUCAACUCUGAAUUCGGAUUCAUAAGAAAAGGAAAACAUGACAGUGAUUGAAUUUGAAUUCCUGGAAUAAGACAAGAGUUUUCAUGCUUUAUUCAAUCAUUUUAUCAUUGCUUUAUAUGUUCAUAUUGAACUGUUGCUUUUUCAAGCUAUGUCAAACCAAAACAUUGAGCAGUGUAGACUGAACAAACUUUAGUUUUAUGCCUUGAACUUGGCAAGAAAUAUCAGAAAGAAAUUACCUGCUUUUGAUUUAAAAACAAUAUAUAAUUUAUGUAAAAAAUGUUUUGCAGAAAUAAGUAUUGGCUGGGUAUAAUAAACUACGGGUACAAUGACACAAGAAAGCGGCCACAUUUUAAGGAUUUCAUAUAUAGUGUUUUGAUUUAACCAAUAAAUAUGAUGGACAUAUUGGGGAUGUAAAAUGUGAUAUAAAGACAAUAUUGGAUGUCUAUGGACAUUAUGGGAUGAAAGACAAAACUGGAUGUUUAACAUGAUUUGCAAUGUAUCAGAUAUUUUGUAUUAUAAUAUAUAUUACAAUUUAACUUUUUUUUUCAUUC